AUGCAUUCAUAUAGCUCCAAUUUGAUUUAUAAUUAUUUGUAGUCGAUAAACCAUGGGAACCCGUGGAAAGCUUGAGGUAGACAUUGAUCUGAAGUCAAAUGCAGACAAGUACUGGUUAACCCUCAGGGACUCCACAACCAUAUUCCCUAAGGCCUUCCCCCAUGAUUACAAAAGCAUUGAGAUUCUUGAGGGUGAUGGCAAGGCUGCUGGUUCUGUCCGCCACAUAACUUAUGCUGAAGGGUCACCACUUGUGAAAUCAUCGACAGAGAAGAUUGAUGCUGCUGAUGAUGAAAAGAAGACAGUAAGCUAUGCUGUGAUUGAUGGUGAACUCCUGCAGUACUACAAAAAAUUCAAAGGGACAAUCUCUGUGAUAGCCGUUGGGGAAGGAAGCGAGGUGAAAUGGAGCGCUGAAUAUGAAAAAGCAAGCACUGAUAUUCCUGAUCCAUCUGUUGUCAAGGACUUUGCAGUCAAGAACUUCCUUGAGGUGGAUGAAUAUGUUCUCCAACAAGCAUAGAGGUUCUCCUCUAUGCAUGCCCAUUAGUUUAAGGGCAGGUGUUUUUAAUAACAUGUAUGGAUUACUAAAUAAGGUUGCAUGUGUUGCCCUAUCCUGUUUGAUUAAUGUGAUGUUGUAUGUGACCCUGUCCCUCACUGCUGUUUAGUGGUUCUGAAGAUCAGAUCCAACAGCCCAUUUACUUGAGCAAGAGUAGUGUGAGAAUUGAAGUUUAAUUUAUUUGAUCAUCA